AUGAAUAAAAAGGAAAUAGAUUACAUCAAUAAAGCACAUGAAAAGUUUUCUUAAUUUAUUUAGGAUCAUCAAAUUCUAGAUGAAUAAAUUAGAGCUAUAGAAUUCAGAUAAUUAUAUAAUCAACCUAUGCAAGUGUAAAGUUAUGAAGAAGAAAUAUAAAAACUAAUUGAAUAAAAUGAAAAAGAAAUAUUAGAGUUAGAAAAACAAAGAAAAGAAUUAAAUAAUAAGAAAUAAUAAUUAGUUCCUAUAUAUGAAGUUGUUCGUGCAUAAAAAUUUCCUUUUGAUUUAGGUAGCUUUUUUGAAAUUCCUGAAGACAUUUUAUGA